AUAGGAUAAAUUUUUUAUUUAUUUUUAGAAACCACAACUGCAGCUAGUAAUAAAAAUUAAAAAGGAUAAUCAAUUAAAACAAGAUGACAAUAUUAAAAGCGGUUAUAUUUCUGGCAUAUCAGCUGACUAGAGAGGCCUGGAAUUCCCAAAAUACAAGUCAUUAUUUAGCAGAGAAAAGCAUAUUCAGUUACAUGCUGUUGGGGGAAGUGCUCUGCCUGCACACUUGGGGGGUAUACCAGUUGCUAGAAACCACAGAAAGAGAGAGUGCCCUUUCGUUCAGGUCCUGACUACUGCAGGUUUCCCAAAGGCACCUAGUAGGAAUAGGGUGCUGGACUAGAUGGGCCACUGUCCUGAUCUUACAUUCUGAACUUCUGAACUGAAAGUUGGACUGUGUGGAAAGAAACUGCCUCGCGAGGGACAUUUCCAAGGAAGAAAAAGGGUUCACAAGAAAGAACAAGCACCUCCACCUUCUUCCAUGUUCUUAUUAUCUUAUCUAAAAACGGAGCUGGGAUCCAAUGCCUGCCUACUGAGUAUCUAACUCUUCUUGUCUCAAUAAGCUGCACCCGAAGUUUUAUUUUGCCAUGUGAGGCCCAUGUGUUGACCCCUUUUGCUCCUGCGCUCAGCCUAAUUCUCUUUAUGAAUCAUCUGUGAUUCAUGCACUCCUCACCAUCACCUUGUGUCAUCUGAUUCAUUAUGGAAGAAAGCAGUCAUCUCACAGGUUUGCAACAAAUCUCAGGUAGCAAGUUGCCUGUUUGCUAUUCUGGACGAGUCACCAAAUGCUAGAGGUUUUCAGCCCCACAUCCAUUAUUGAACUUUCUAAAUAAGGGAAUAAAUACCAAAUGCUGCUGUUCAUGGCAGAACACCCUUGUUCAGUGACCUUUUAAAAAAUUAUCAGCAUAACCACUUUACUGUGUUAAAAAAUAAAAAAGUUUGCUUUGCUGUAAUGGAAGUUCAUCAAGUCUAUUUGAGUUAAUAAUGCACUGUCAUAAUUUGAUAGGGAGGAAUAGAAAAUAUGGAGAUUGCUUUAAUUCCCUUAGUUGUACUGCAGGACUUGGCUAAUGUGCUUUAUUCAGGAAUAAGAAGUGCUGUUUCCUUAGCCCCAGUCCCCACAAAGAGGUGUGGGGUCAACUUGUAAGUGCUGCUUUUUCAGAGGUGUUGUUUUUCUGUUUUCAACACAGACUCGGGAAGUGCAGUUUCCUCAGAAAGAAGGAAAGCAAAACAUCUUUGUGUGUUUCAAGGGCAUAUGGCUUUGAAGAGGAACAGGUUGUGCAUCUAGCAAACCUCCAGCCCACGCAGUCAACUUGCAACCAGAAUUACAUCAUGCACUUGUUGCCCAACUGUCCCCUCCUUGCAGCAUCCAAAGCUUCACAAACUGGGAGAUAUUUCCCACACUAUAAGGUCCAAACUAGAUGUGAUGUUAUUUACCAGAAUGCUAUUAACAUGCAUAUGUAUAUUUGUAUUAUGCAAUAUACAGCAGCUGCCAUGGAGGCCUCUAUGAGAAUGGCCUGACUCCAACUGGCGCUGCUGCCAAUUGAUUGGCUUGAAAGAGAGAAAGCAGAGUCAGAUGACUCUAUUUCCCCACAGGACUUUGGCAGGGGCUGACAGUUUCCCCCCAUGAAUAUGCUAGACUACAGCCUCUCUCUUUCUGUCAUACAGUUCAACAGAGAGUAUGGCUGUGCAUCCCAUUGGAUUAAUUAGGGUCAGGGAAAGACUGCAGCAUGGAUAAACACCUGGUGAAAGACACAGUCAAUGUAUACAAUGCCAGCAUAAAACCCAGAGAGGUUACUGUUUUCCACUGCAUUUCAACUUGCAGGUGGACAUCCUUAUACACAUCAGUACAGUUGGAUGUGUUUCCAAGUUGCCUGCUGUCUGCCCACACCAGUAGGUAGAGGCUAUGUGGAUGUCUUCACAUGUUGGAAUAGCAAAAUGAUAACAGAAUGUAACAAAAUGAAUCUACUCCUCCGUAACUGGAUCAUGUCCAAACAACCUCAUCCAGUCAGGUGGAAAUCUAAACAAUGGAUUACUAGCAUUACCCAGAUCCAAAAGGAUUCUUGCCCAAAGCACAUCAAUUCAGGAAAGCAUCAGUCAGAAAAAUAUGGUACAGAGGAGUAAGAUUUUUCUCUUAUAAUGUCAUGGAGGGCCACUUCUCACUCAGGUACUAAAUCUGAUCUACAACACUUCAGACUGCAUGCGGGAUUUCACAUGUUUGAAUAUUUUUCUAUACUAAACAAAAUAGAAGAAAAAUAUAUCUGCAAAUAGAAAACUGCAUGUCAACGAGAAGAGUGCUAGACUAGUUUUCUAUGUGCUGCAUUCAAUCAGGUAAGGUCCACCUACAUUCCAGACAUAGAAUUACCACCCCAGUGAGAUCAGUGAUCAUAAAGGCACAAAAGCUAUUAUUCAUUACAAAUGUUCUGCACUGUUUGGGCUGAAGCUUGAAUACUAUGUGCAAUCACAAGAACACAGCAUCCUUUAAGAAGGACAUUGACACACUGGAACAUGUCCAGAGGAUAAUGACUAGGAAAGUGAGGGGUCUGGAAACCAUGUCCUCUGAAGAAUGGUUCAAAGUGCUGGGUAGCCUAAAGAAGACAAAUGUCAAAAGGAUGCACAACGGCAGUCUUCAAGUGUCAAAAGGGAUGUCACGCACAAGACAUAGCAGGCUUGGUCUCUGUUGCUCAGAGGGCAAGACUAAGAAUAAGUUAGUAGAAAAAGUGCAGGGUAGCAGAUUUAGGCUAAACAUAAGAAGGACCUGCCUAACAGUAUGAGCUGUUUCACAGUGGAAGAUGUUGCCUCUGCAAGCGGAGGGCUCUCCUUUGCUGGAGGAAUUUAAGAAGAGGCAUGUCAGAAACACUGUAGUUGCACAAAGCAUCCUAUGUUGCAGGUCAUGCAUUCAGCAGAGAGUUGGACUAGAUGAAUUCCAAGGUGUGUUCCAACCUCCUAAUUCGAAAAAAUCAUGUUGCAUUAAGAAGGAACAGUUGAAUCAGCUCAAAAUAAAGUUCCUUUUGUAUACCAAUAUGGAAAGGAGUACCCUGAAAGAAGCCAACAUUUAUUUUGCUUCAGUUUGCUAAACUUUUCUUUGUUGUGUGCUGUGUUAUUCCUGCUGUGCUCUCACAGCUUAAAGAUUUGCCAGAGAUAGAUGUUGACCAAUAUCAGAACGUAGGCUACAGUACUAACCCCACUUACCUGGGAAUAAGCCCCACUGAAGUCAGUAGGAUUUCCUUCUGAUUAGACAGGGUUAAGAUUAAUAGCAUCAAUCUUAACCAUUAAUCUGAAUUGUUAGAAUUAAUCUAUCACUUAAACAAAAAAUUAUGCCAUUUUAUUCCAUUAGGUAUUUGCUAGGUUUAGAAAGCACUUAAAUUUUCAAAGGUUGGGAAGAAACUGCUUGAACAAAAACUGACCUUGUCUUUAUACACUUCAAAGGAUGAAGAAAUUCUUCUUUAUUUUCCCCAAAGGCUUCAAGCAAAAACUGCUUUGAGGUUUUUUCUACAAUUAAGAGGUAUAUAAAUUUUAUGAAAUAAAUGAAAUGUGUUAAGAUCUCUUCCCUCAUCUUUUUGGAAAAGUUAAAAAUAGCAUUGCAUUGCCAUCUCUUCUCAAAAGAUGAAUAGUGUGAAGACUUUGGAGCUUGCAUUAAAUUAGAAACGAGGAACCUUCAGUCCACCAAACCCAACCAUUUGGCCAUUUCAGGCAGGCCAUGCAUCCUGCCCUACAGCUGACAUAAGGUAUGGGACAGAUAAAGGUGGGAUUUGCGUAAAGGGGAUUUUGAAGAGUCAUGCUGCGCAUUGUUUCCCAAGCACCUGGCAAACAGCUGGCUGCUAGGCAAUUGCUGCACAAAGUGCUUCUCAAAUGCCCAACAGCUGGGUGUUUGUGGGCACUGGAAAACCAUUGCACAAAGCACUUUUACCAGCCCUGUGCUCAGCAUCUCCUAAGGCUUUGCAAAGCAUUUAAAUGGUGCUUCCAGCUGGCUGUCAAGUAUUUGGGAAGCAAUGCACAGGGGACUUUGACAUGUGUCAAUCAUCUGGCACCAUCAUUUUGUCAGAUGAUUGACUGGUGGGCUGUCCCACCUGUCAAAGUUGGCCACUGGGGGUUGGGGGAAGGAUAAGAGUCUGGCCUGCCAGGCCAAAAAGACUCUCCUGCAGUUUGACUUCAUCCCCAGAAGUGCACACUAUUGUCAUUCAAGACAGACAGAUGCCAACAAUAAAAGAUUAGGAAGCACUAUAGCAUGGCUAAGGGCAAAAUUACAUGUUAUGAGGUAAACAUGGAGUUUCUUCAAGAAUGUGUGGCCAGGUUGCUGCUUCCACAGUAGACUGGUACAUGAGAUGGGGCAUACUGUGGAUCUGGGAAGCAUGCCUGCAGUGGCACCCCAACAAUCAUUCAUUCCCUAGCGGGGUCAAGUCAACCUUGGUCUGACUUUCUUCUGGAAUGCUUCUGAGGUGUUCUAAUCAUUUUUAUUCAUACAAAUGGUCACGUGCCACAAUAAAGUUGGUGCAACCUAGUAAUAAAUAAUAUAAUAAUAAUAAAAGGUGUAUGUGCCCAGGCACAGCUGGACAUACAAAAUGAUAGAAAUUAAAAAGUUAAAACAAAAACAUGGUAUUAAAACUUUUCACUCUAGAUAAAACUUGGCCAGUGCCUGAAAAGGCAGGGUAACAUUGUUUCAGGGGCCAGACUCACUCUCCUAGCCUUGUUCUAAUCACAGAACACCAUUAUUGUUAAUUACUUUUUACCUGCCAUCAUGGGCGUAGCUAGGAUUUGGGGGGAGGGGGCAAAAUAUAUGCUCGAAGGACAGAACCAAGCUAUCUGUAUUUUUAUUUAUUUAUUGGAUGGGGGGCAGCUGCCCCCCUCUUAGUUAAGCCAUGGAAAUCUCCCUGUAGACUUCUCUUACUGCUAUUUAUUUUUACUAUGAUAUCCAAUAGAUUGUUUGUUUCUCCAUAUUUGUAAGAAUUACAGAAUUACACACAAUAUUUUUUUUUAAAACUCACUACCUGAGGGCUCUUUUAGAUACAUUCUAUAAAUCUUUCUUUUAGAUACAUUAUUUUAUAUACAUUCCUAGAAUUUAAAAAUAAACGUAUUAUGUCACACUCCUUUAUCACUCACUGUAGGUAUUUGCAUGCUACUCUAUCCUCUUUUCAUUGCACUAUUAAAGAUUUGGGGAAAAUAUUUUGAACAGCUUGAGACAAGCUCUGUAGCUUUAGUUCCUCCCUCAAGUCUUAUUAGUAUACAACACUCAUUUACUCAUAUGUAAGCCCCACUGCAUUUAUUCACAGGUGUGUAAAGUGUGUCACACCAAUGCUAAGAAUUAGAUUGUGUCAGGGUCAAUGCCUUUCAUUGCAGAAAUAAAUAGCAAAAUGAUAAUAAUGAAAUAAAAUUAACCUAUAGAUACCCACAUAUGCAUCCUAGGUGCCAUUCAGUCCAGGGUGCCCUGGCUGGCUCGGAAAGACACAAUUUUGGCCAGGCCAAACAGUCGAAUGGACCCUGCCCUAAAAUGGCUGGCCACAAAGCAAGGCAGCCACUUGCUCAAACAAUAUUGGCGGGUAAUUAUUUGCAAGGGUUAAGCUGUUCUUUAGUCAACAUGAAACUCAUCUAAGGUAUCUGUUGCUCACUUCACUCCACAACUACCUUCUUCUUAUGUGCCCCAAAGCCAAAGGGUUGGAAGAGAAGAACCCUUUUGCAACUAAAAGUCAUCCACAAUCUCCCCUCACCGUUGUGAAGCCUUGCAGGGUGCCAUCACUCCCUAUCACCACCAUGAGGCCUCACAGGCUGCCGCCCUUACUGCCACCAUCUCAGUCCUACAGGUUGUUGCUGCUACUGCUGACAUGUACCGCAGUCAUGGCAAGUCGUUUCUGCCACUGCUGCUUCUGCCUCCUAGCAGGCCUGCUGGCAGUCUAGCCAUCCCAGAUUAUUUGUAUUCUCUUUGACUGAUCCCCAUACUUUGGAUUGUCCUGAAUACCACCAUUUGGUAGCCAAGCCCCAAACCAAAAGUCCUGUUGGGAUGCAUUUUGGCUUGCCUGCUGAUGAAACUGAGUGUGUGACGACUGAUAAUAUUGUCAUUUAUCCAUUUUAGACCCCCUAAGUAGUAGCAGUUGCCAGGACAUUGCCCUGUUCGCCUCUGUAUCACUCCAUCCUUAUUUCAGACAUUGUGAAAUGUCUAUUAGUAAAAGCGAGAGGGGGUUGUGUGGGUUUUUUGGUGGAGGCCUAAGAAGAAAGGAGUAGGGGCGGAGCCAACGCUCUCGUGGUCAUAGCCCAUACAAGCAAGAACAGAGCAGAUGCUUCUGCGCACGCGCUGUGCAGAGCGUCUGACCAGAAUGGCCUGUACCAUUGCGACUCUGCCCGGGGGGGAGGGGCUGACCGCUCUACGUUUCCUCCCAUUAACCGGAAGCCUUAGCAACUUACAAUCCGAAGCACCCACGGGAACGGGGCAACGCGUUACAGAGCGGUUCAAAGCCGAAAGAGAGCUUCCGUGACUGCGAAAGGGGGGCGCUAGAGCAUUUUGUCUCUCUCUGCCCCCCCCGUUUCAGGGUGGUUCCUCCGGGUGGCACCAGUCGCUGCUGGAAGAGGCGGGACCGGGUCUUCCUGAGGCUGCCCCCGGCUCCGGCGUCCCUGCUGCUGUUGCUGCCGCCGCCACCGUCGACGUAAAUCCCGGCCCCUUCAAGCCUAGUCUCGCCCGGCCCCGGGUUUCCCCUCAGACAAGUCUCAUGGCGUACAGCCAGGGAGGCGGCAAGAAGAAAGUCUGUUACUACUAUGACGGUGAGGGGGGCGGGGCACGGCGCCGGUUUUUGUUGUGUUUUGUGUGUCGGUUGGGGUGCGCGUGGGAGCAAGAGCAGCUGUUCGUCUCCGCGCGCCUUCCCCUCCAGGCCGCGCUUAUUUCGCCGUUGGGAAUGCUCGUUGGCUCCGUCCUCGCGCGCCCCGGCCCCCUCGGCAGCCCCUCGGCUGUCCUCGCGCGCCUUCUCGUUCCGGCGCACGCGCCGCCUCUCCAGCCCUCCCCCCUCCCCUCUCGCUUUUACCCAUUGUGUCUGCAGGGGCUGCAUCUGGGUUGGAAGGAAGGUGCUGAGCCCCAUGUUUCUUAAAGCGCAUCUACACCCCACCCCACCCCCUUUAAUUUUUGUAUCGGGCGUGCCUUUUCGCCUCCUUCGAAAUCCGCGCGCAUCUACUAACGAACGCUUUGCAGAAGGGGGUGAGGGGUGCGCGCCCGGCUCGGCCUAGCAACAAACCUCAUGGGAAGGGUCCCCAUUUUGAGAGGGGGGGGGGAUCCGAGGCUGGCCUCGCGAUCCUUUUCCUACUAAGCGUCCUUAGAGUGGGACUUGCACGCGCGAGUAACUGCCUUGCGCUGAGAAUCUGAAGGCCUCAACGUUGAAUCCCUGAAAGGUGCGAGACUGGCACGCUCUGGCCAAAGCUGAGAGCUCUUCACUCAGCCCCACUGGAAGGAUCUGGAUGAAUGGCCUGCCUAUCGCAUCCUCAUAGCUACAUAGAGCAUCUUUCUUGCGCACCUCACCCUGGUGAAUACAGGUUGACCCCACCAUCCAUUGGAACCCCAUCACUAAUUCAGGAAAUGGUUAUUUUCAUUGUAGUUAGGGGUUUAUAUCCUGGAUAUAGGCGUAUUGUUUUGAGCACUGUUAUACAUGGUAGCCAAAAGAAUGGUAAAGAUUUAAAAUUGUGGAGCGUAGAUAACGUAGAAAAGUGAAGAUUCUACUCUAUGUGAAAUUUAGUAGAAAUGAAUUACUACAGCCAUCAAGAAGCACAAUGCGGGUGCGGGACAGCCCAUGGGUAUAAGGCAAACGUUUGCAGUGGUACCUCGGUUUUUGAACAUAAUCCAUUCUGGAAGACCGUUCAAGAAACAUUCAAAAACUGAGACGCAAAGGGCGGUCUGCAAAUUUAAUAGAGAAAAUUGGAAAAAAACUCAGCGGAAGCCGUUCGACUUCUGAGGCGUGUUCGAAAACAAGCAUUUACUUCCAGGUUUCCCGCGUUCGAAAACCGAAAUGUUUAACUUCUGAGAUGUUCGAAAACGAGUGUUCCACUGUAUUAAACUUCAAAUGCAACAUGUAAAUGUUUUGAACAGAGUGCAUCUUCCUGGGCACUUAAGUAAAAGCAACCACUAAUUUAAAGCAAGACUUUAUUUCUCAACCACUUAUUUAGUAAAAAAUAGGUUGCAUAUUUCAGCUGUUAAGUUUUAUUCUCAGUUUAUUUGCUCUUAGCCUUACAAACUGCAGAUGUAGGGACAUUACAGGGGAACUUUAUUUUGCUUCACCAGGCUAUCCACAAAUAGACAGCAGAACAUGCAUCUAUUGAAAAUAAUACAAGAAAUUGAAGCAUCCAGCCUAUUGUGUGUGUGAGAGAGAGAGAAACCAAGAGGUUGUUGUAUUUAUGCCAUUCUCCAAAAAACUAAUGUCCCUUGUAAUUUUUUCCUAAAGUACAUAUAUUGAUUCUCAAAACUUGAAUAUGUUGGAUUGUUUAAAGCAACAAAUCUCUUGUCUGGCAUGUGUGAAAUCUUGACUUUUUUGCAUUGGAACUAAGGAUUGUUCUAGGUUACUUAACUUGUAUGGUGAUAAAGGACUUGAAAGUUGUGAAUGUUACCUAUUUCUGGUAGAAUGUUUGCCUAUGGGUGCUGUUUAAAGAAGUAGUGAUAGUGGCACUCUGAUUUUUCUGCUCACUCAUCAUUUAGGGGCAUUUUCACAUCAAUUUAACACAAAAUUAACUUUAAAAUGGCAUCUUGCACUGGAGACUCCAGAAAUGUUUUUUCCAAUACAUCCUUUAUUUGUUGGCACUGUGGCUCUAGUAAGGUAGACAGUAUACACUUGCAGGGAUACACAGUUUUCCUCAGUUCAGAAAUGUUAGGGACCUCCUAGAGAAAUUGAUCCCACUGGAUCCGGUGGUGGUGGAAAUGUCAUCUGAAUUAAAUGGGUUUAGAGUAGGAGGUUGAAUUAAUCUGCAGUUUGUUAAUGACUGCAAAAAUCUGGAUAGCUCAACAUUGAGGAAUAGGGAAAUGCCAUUCAUUAUACUUUGGGGGCAAUUAUUGGUCACACAUCAGCAGGCAAGUUUAAAACUGACUGCAGUUAUUUUAAGAUGAAAUCAAGUACACAGAAAAGAUUACAACCUCACAAAUAGAUUCUUUAUUGUGCAGAAAUACGUUUGCUGGGAUUAAUUAAAUUAUUAUGGUUCAUUAUUAUUUCCAUAAAAUUUUAUAAAAGGUUUUUUAUAAUACAAUACAGUGGUACCUCAGGUUACAGACUCCGCUAACCCAGAAAUAGCACCUCAGGUUAAGAACUUUGCUUCAGGAUGAGAACAGUAAUUGUGCUCCAGUGGCAGCGGGAGGCCCCAUUAGCUAAAGUGGUGCUUCAAGUUAAGAAUAGUUUCAGUUUAAGAAUGGACCUCCGGAAUGCAUAAAGUUCUUAACCCAGGGUACCACUGUACAAUAAAAACAGACUAAUCUAAAUAAAAACAAAAAAAGAAAGAGAAAACCAUCAUUAUCACCAUGCAAAGUCGUCUCUCCAGGGUAGAUCGUAACCGUUGUCUCACACAAAAAGGGGUGGACCCACCUGGGAGUUUCCCUUUCUUCUCUCCCCCCCCCCCCGCCCCCUCCCGGGAGAUCUUCCAUUUUCUGCCUUUAACACAGGGUCUUUCACCAACCACCCAUCACCUUCAUGUGCAUAAGCAAGAGCAAAGCAAAAAAAUGUAGAAAAGAGAAACCAAAAUAUAAGAAUAUAAUAAUAAAAAAGAAAUAAAAAGGACUUCCAAUAGUUAUGCAUAUAAAUAUUAUUCAAAAUAUGCAAAAUAUUUAUUCCAAGAUGAUAUCCAGCUGUUCCUCCUUCUGCUAUGUGAUAUUUUCCCAGUCUUCAAAUCUAGGCAUCUCAAGUUCAUUCAUUUUUCCUUCCACACAUGUCUAAAAGAGCUUCUCCAGUUAUUAAUAUCAAUAAAUGUCAACAGUAGUCUUCCUCCAGUCCAGCAAAACAACUUUGCCUCCAGUGUUGAAAAACAAUAAGUCCUUCGUCUUCAUUUACACAGGAGUCUAUUUGCUGUUGUCAUAAAUCAAAACAGCAAUCCAUAGUUAUUUCCACAUUGUAUAUUCAUCAAUUCACACCCAGUUCCAUAUACAGUGGUACCUCUGGUUAUGUGCUUAAUUCAUUCCGGAGGUCCGUUCUUAACCUGAAACUGUGCUUAACCUGAAGACCACUUUAGCUAAUGGGGCCUGCCACGCCGCCGCCGCACGAUUUCUGUUCUCAUCCUGAAGCAAAGUUCUUAACCCGAGGUACUAUUUCUGGGUUAGCGGAGUCUGUAACCUGAAGCGUCUGUAACCCAAGGUACCACUGUAUUCCAAUCUCAUUUCCUGUCAGCUGUGAUUUUCCAUCCAGAUUUAGAACAAAGAGAUUCUUUUCACAAUCACUUCUUCCAUUCUUUUUCCAGAGGCUUGAUAGUUUUCCUCUCUUAAUUCACUCAAAAUUGUAUACAGAAUCCUUUCUCAGCUCUAUCUCUGCCAGCCCAGAAUAUUUCUUAAUCUCUCCAUGGUUUCAUUUCUCUCUUCCAACUUCAUAAUUCCAACGUUAGACUGUUUCACUCCUCCAGGCACCUAUUUGGAGGUCCUCUCCAUUUCACCAUCUACUGCUUCAGUUUUACCAUUCCACUCUCCUGUUCUGGUAGUCCUCCAUCAAUAUUAUUUUCCAAAGGUUCUGUGCUGCCUUAAGCCUUAUUUUUCUCUGGUCCAUUUUCAUUCACCAAUUUAUGCAUCCCAACUCUGAGCUCUUUCAGUUGCACAUACAGCAGUUGCUGCACGAUGCCAACAGUAAAUGGGGUAUCUAAACUAUUUUUGCCAUACUGAGUGUUCUUGGUCUUAUUAAUAAUUCUCAUUCCUCAAAAUUUUACAGUCUUUACGCCUGAGUCCCCUGGCUUCUUAUCAGAAUGCAUUCACUUCAUUCCUCUCUCAUGGCAGCAUAUGUUAGCUUCACGUUUGCAGCCAGCACUCUCACUAGAGGGAUGGAAGAUUAAAAAUAAAAAAGGUAAAAACUUCAAACAGCCGUUUAAAAUCUUUCUUGGGCACAGACAAUUAAAACAUGCUUUCUCUCUUGCUUUCAGCCUUUUAAUUUAAUUAUUGUGUCUUCAUAAGCUCAUUUUAAAGUUCUUAUUAAGUUCGUUUUAAAAUGAACACUGCAGGGUGAGUUUAAAAAGCUACAUAUUGUAGCAUCCUGGGGUACAAUUUGUCAGCAGAUGUUUUCAGGAAACCCAGAAGUAGUGAAUGAGGGCAGUAGUUUUUCCCUUUCAGCCCCCAAGCUCCAGUUGCUGGGUUUCAGUAGCUUGCUACCUCUGCAGUUAUUAAAAUAAUUUUAAUGGUUAAUAAAUUUGUUUCAUAUUUUAUGUUUAUUAUUUAUUUUAAUUUAUCUUCCACUUUGUAUCAACAGAAAUUUCUAAACAGUUUGCAGGUUCCAAAAAAACACAAACCAUUAUCAAAAAUACAAUAAAAAUUUCGCAUUCAGAAACAAAGAAUACUAAUACUAUUACGAAUCAUCAUACUUUCACAUUUCCCUGAGACAGGAGUAUGAACAUGCUCAGAAUGUGGCCUUGGGAGAACACAUCCUAGUUUGAGAUUCUGUCUUGCCAUCAAUAUGCUAGCUAUAAUAAUUAGAAUAGGAUUUCAGUCCUAAAUGCAUCUGCUUGGGAAAUGAUUCUUAAGCAAAUAUGCUUAGAUCAUAUUAAAUAUAUAACCACCAAUUAAGUGAUUCUUUUCACUGAGAGAAUUGAUAGAAUUGGGGAAUGAUAGUUAUGCUCAGUGGGAGCUGGGUGAAGAAAGGAUAUCCUCAGUACUUUGCACACUCUGAAUAGACAGUUUUGGGGUAGAUAGCUGUGCAUUUCAAAGUUUGACUGUAGUGCAGUUAAUCUGCUUUGCAGAGACAGAAGCUUUUCAGCCUAGUAUAAAUUUCUAAAAUGCUGCCAAGAAAGACAGAAUGGUGGUUGCAGCAGCCUUCUUUGUUGCUCACUCUUCUUUGUUUAGUUUUCAACAGAGGAGAAAAUAGUCCUUAGUAGGGAGAGCUAUUUGUGAACUGAGAUUUGGUUUUUAUAGGUGAAAGAUAGCGUUAAAAUCUUGUUGUAUGUCCAGUACUUUGCAAGAAUACAUGGAGAAUGCAUGCUGAUUUUCAUACAUUAAAUAAUGUAUUUAAUUGUUGUGUUUGUCACUAAUCUUGUUAAAGGGAAGUCCAAAUAUUUGACUUCAGAUAUUAAAUAUAAGUGUAGGCAUAUAAGUCCAAAUAUAAGUGUAGGCAUCAUUUUUCCAGGUACAGUGGUACCUCGGGUUACAUACGCUUCAGGUUACAUACGCUUCAGGUUACAUACGCUUCAGGUUACAGACUCCGCUAACCCAGAAAUAGUUCUUCAGGUUAAGAACUUUGCUUCAGGAUGAGAACAGAAAUCGUACUCCGGCAGCCCGGCAGCAGCAGGAGGCCCCAUUAGCUAAAGUGGUCUUCAGGUUAAGAACAGUUUCAGGUUAAGUACGGACCUCCAGAACUAUUUAAGUACUUAACCUGAGGUACCACUAUAUAACAUUACUUAGCUCAGUAUAUUUCCUCCUCUAUUUUCUAAGUGAUUAUUCCAUUUUCUUUUAAGUGUGUGUGUUUAUAGCUCCACUGAUAGCAAUGCCACAAGUUCCUCAUCUGUAAUGUGCUUGGGACAGCACUAUACAGGUGCACUUCACUUGGCGACUCAAAAGCUCUCUUCAAAUAAAUUGGAUGGGGGUGCUUAACUUCUCCCUUGUCUGCAAGAAGUAGAGUGCUGCAGAAAGGAGAGCUGCUUUUUUGCCACUUUCUUGGGCAAGAGAGUCCUUGUCUCCUGGUAGAAGAGUGCCCAGAAUCCAUUGCUCUAUACCGCGCUAAAUAGUAAGGAUGUCGUGACUCAUUGCUUUAAGGGGGGAACCCCCAGACUUGUGGCAAGUCUUUUGUGGGUCUUCCUGUAGAUGAUAGUGGGCAAAGAGCAAACUCUUUUCUUCAGAGCCAUUUAUUUGAGUGCUAAUCAAAUGAGCCUUGCCAACUUGAAGAACAACCAACCACACUCCUGCAGAAGAUCUCAGUGAUCAAGCUGACAUGUAACAGGGCUGGGCGAUAACUGGUUUUCAGUAUUGUUAUAUAUCACGGUAUCUGAAAAAAGGAAGGAACUACGCAGAGGUGAACAGAACAAUGUCCUGGCAACUGCUACUACUUAAUGGUCUAAAACUGAUAAAUGAUGAUAUUAUCAAUCACCUCAUUGUCACUUUCAGCAGCAGGCAACCCAAAAUGCAUCCAAAUGAGACUUUUGGUUUUGGGCUUGUAUUCGGGACAAUCCAAAAUUUGGUGAUGAAUCAUAGUGAAUACAAAUAAUCUGGGACUGCCAGCAGGCCUACUAGGCAGCAGAGGCGGCAGCAGCAGAAUCAACAGCAGCCUGUGAAGCCUUGCCACGGCAGUGGGCAGAAGCAGCGGCAGCCUGUGAGAACUUGUAGCGAUGGCCUUGUGGCAGUGGUAAAAGCAGUGACAGCCUGCAAGGCCUUGUCAUGGCGGUGACUGUAAUGGUGGCCUGCGAGGCCUUAUGGUGGCAGCAGGAGACUGUGGCUGUACUUUGGAUUGUUCUGAAUGCCACCAUUUGGUAGCCAAGCCUCAAACCAAAAGUUCUGUUGGGAUGCAUUUUGGCUUGCCUGCUGAUGAAACUGAGUGUGUGAUGAUAAAUAAUAUGGUCAUUUAAGUUUUAGACCCCUAAGUAGUAGCAGUUGCCAGGACAUUGCCUUGUUUGCCUCUGUAUAGUUCCAUCCUUAUUUCAGACAUUGUGGUAGAUUGCAAUGUUUAGCUGGUGAUAACAUUGCAAUGUUUAGCUGGUGAGUUAUUGCAGUGUUGAAAACCAGAUAUCGCCUAGCCCUUACACACAUUGUGAUUUGCAGUAUAUUGCCAGCUCAGAUAUUAUGAAACAAUUACCACAAUGUGAACUUCAAAAUAGUUUUGGACGAUAUAUCAAUAUAUCACCCAGCUCUAGCAUGUAAGGGUUCAGGCAGUGUCUGAGGUAUCCUGCACUAAGUUGUUUUGUACAAGCCCUUUGUACAUUAAUCACUUUGCACAAGGACCAUGAACCUGACUCAGUAGUAGCUGGGUAACCAAUGCAGCUGUUUUAACAAUAAUGUCACAUAGUGCCAGAACUCACCAUGAACAACUCCCCCAUUCUCUUAUAAUGGCAAUGGCGCCCACCUAAGAGAUGCUGGAACUGAGUUCUAUCUGAAUAAAAGCUUUGAUGUCACAUAUUCUCAGCCAGAUGCCCCCUUAAAGCUCUCUGGCUGUUGCAUUCAACACCAACUGGAACUUUUGAACAAGACCCCAGGGCAGCCUCAUAUAGAAUACAUUACAGUAUGGUGGUACCUUGGUUUACGAACUUAAUCCGUUCCGGAAGUCCGUUCUUAAACCAAGGCAUGCUUUCCCAUAGCAGUGGGGGACUCAAUUUACAAAUGGAACAGACUCAACAGGAAGCAGAACUAUGUUUCUUUCCUACAUCCUCUUGAGAUGCAAAGGGAGGGCACAGUCUUACUGGAAGGCAGCCUGCCGUUAUGACUAGUGUUUGCAUUGUGAAUCCCUGUUCUAGAGAGAGAACUUAGUUAAGUAAAGCCAGAAAAAGUGAUCAUUACAUUUUCAAGCAUGACUCAUUUGCUUUCUUUUAGGUGAUAUUGGGAACUAUUAUUAUGGACAGGGGCACCCAAUGAAGCCUCACAGGAUUCGCAUGACACACAACUUGUUGCUAAAUUAUGGCUUGUACAGAAAAAUGGAAAUUUAUGUGAGUAUACAUUUACAGUUUUGUCACUUGAAAGUUGAUGAGCAGUGAAGAGGCUAUAGUUUCCUAAGAUUUUUAAUUCACUUCAACACUUUCUUUGUUGUGGAAAAUCCUCUGGCUGAUUCUGAGAUAACAUUUUUCUUCCAAAGAAGAACACAAACUGAGCCUGGGUCAGAUGGUUAGAAUGUGGUGCUGAUAAUGCCAAGGUUGCAGGUUUAAUCCCCAUACAGGAGAGCUGUAUAUUCCUGCAUUGCAGGGGGUUGGACUAAAUGAUCCUCAGGGUCCCUACAAUUCUAUGAUUCUAUGAAACCUAUGAGUACCUGUGAAAAUGCCACAUAAGGAAACAAAAUUCACAAGCAUUCAGUGUUCAGAUAUCUACUGGAUGGAAAACAUGACAUGGUUACAGUAAAAUAUAUACAACAAAGUGUUUUCUGUUUAUAAUGUGUUGUUGAGCAUAUUUUAAAAUAUUUCAGCAAGUUUCAACUUAACACAUGCCUGAUCAAAUCUGUUUGAAGUACUUGAAAUACUACUGCUUUUUAUUCUGUCUCAGAUCAAAUUCAAUCUGUUUCUUUUCCAGCGGCCUCACAAAGCUACAGCAGAAGAAAUGACGAAAUACCACAGUGAUGAGUACAUAAAAUUUCUUCGCUCAAUUAGACCCGACAAUAUGUCUGAAUAUAGUAAACAAAUGCAAAGAUGUAAGUCUAAUGCUAAAAAUAACUGGUUUCCCUCAGUUUCCCACCUGGUUUUGCGAACUUGAUUUGUUAAGAUGGAGAGUAUUAUAUUAUCUAUUUUACUGUAAUGUGUAGAAUCCUGUCUAUAUGAUGUUUAAUCAUUUUGAAUUGUUAGUUGUUGGCUAUAGUGGUUAUAACAUUCAGGCUUGUUCAGAUGUAAUGCUGCCCAGUUACCAAACCAUACUUUGAUAACUGAGUCAUAUUGCACAUGAUUCUUUCUCUAGGAGUUGCACAUGUCUCCCUUUUCUUCUUAGGGGAUAGUUACUGCUAACCAUAGUUAGCUUUUACACCAGAGGUGGAAAUCAGCUUCUAAUUUCAUUCUCUAGUUUCAAAGCUAUAUAUUUGAAUUGGACCAUAGUAACAGGUUUGCCACAUGUAUUAAAUUAAACUAGUGUAAUUUUCCAUCCCAAAAUUUAGAACAUUAGAUAGCAUGACGAAAAACUGUAAUAUUUAUCUUUUCAAUUAACUUGUACUUUCUUUGAUUUCUGAACAUUGAUUUCCAUUAUGAAUUCUGAAUGACAGCAUAACUUGCAAGAGAAUUGUAUUUUACUAGUUGGAUAACUAUUUGCUCAGUUUAAGCCACCUAUAGUACCUUAAUUGGUAACUGGUAAUUGUCUUUUUGCUGAAACUUCAUAAGCCAUAAUUUGACAUAUAGUGAUGCUGUAAAUUUAGGCAUACACUCAGCUACAAACUGCUCUGAAUCCAUAAAAGCAUAUUUAAAUAUACUUAACUGACAAAAAAAAGGUGUCUACCAAGUUUCACAUCUGUGGUAAUGGUUAGGUUAAGUUUUGAAUAAUGCCUCUGUUCUAAGGUUUUGGUUUUCAUUUUAAAGAUAGUGUUGGGCAUUUAAUGGAUCAAAAAUUAUUUGAUCCAUAUCACUGGUCAAGUAAUAGACAUUUAGCAUUAUUAUUUUUUUACAACAAUACACAUAGAUUCAACAUCAGCAGGUUGAAUGAUUAACAAACAGUGAAAUCAGUUUUGUAAAAGGUAUUGUAACCCAUGGUGUGGCCACAUUUGAGAUAAUGCUACCAAUGCAGAGGUGUUCUUUUUUCAGGGAACAUUUGACAAUGUUUAGUCAAUUGACCAACAUGCUAUACUUUUAUUUUUUUUUAAAGAAAGAUUAUAUACAAACUUAAGUAAUAAUACAUUUAAGGAUAAAUAAAACUUGUCUUGUAUAGUUAACGUGGGGGAAGACUGUCCUGUGUUUGAUGGGCUGUUUGAGUUCUGUCAGCUGUCAACAGGAGGCUCUGUGGGUAAGUAUAUCCUAAUGUUUUCCUGGAGUUGUUAAUUUUUAAAAGGCUGUACCAGUUGUUUUUUUUUUAACAUUACCCAUGUGACAACUUUUAUAGCUCUUGCGGAAAUCAAUGAGGGAGAAAGAAUUUAAUAGAAAUAUAAAGUGAAAUGUUUAAUUAAAAGAAAAUGUUGUUAUCAGUAGCUACUAGGCAUGAUGGAUAUGUACUACCUCCAGUAUCAGAGUCUGUGUGCCUCUGAAUGCCAGUAGCUGGAGAUCAUGAGUUAGAGAAGUUUAAUGCACUCACGUCCUGCUUCUCUGCUUCCUCUAGACAUCUGGUUAGUCAAUGUGAGAACAGAAUGCUGGACUAGUUGGGCCUUUUAUCUUUCAGCAUCUCCCAUUACAAAUUAAUAGUUCAUUCUGUUGCAUGAGUUGGUAUAUCCAACUGUAGAAGUGCCUAACAAUAAACAAUUAAAAUCCAGGCUUCACCACGAUGUCUUACAUUGAAGCUCUCUCUCUCUUUCUCUCUCUUUUUUUUUUUUUUUGGGCAAGACAUACUGUCUACCUUUUUCAUUCCUUACCUGCAUUUUUCUCCAUAAUGGUUCUUUAGCUGGAGCAGUAAAAUUAAACAGACAACAAACAGACAUGGCUGUUAAUUGGGCUGGAGGACUUCAUCAUGCUAAGAAGUCAGAAGCAUCAGGUUUCUGCUAUGUCAAUGAUAUUGUGCUUGCCAUUCUGGAAUUACUAAAGUAAGUUCAUGUUGGUGUUGUAUGCACAACUUGUCUUCUAGAAAUGUUAAAAAUAUAGGCUGUGUAUUGGCUUAAUCUGUAUAUACUGACCAGAGGACUAGUGAUCAUUGUUCCUUGGUCAUUUUAAAUUAUAUUUUGUUUCUAUAUGUGUUUGUGUAUGCAUGCACGCAUGAUAUAAAUUGCAACACCCUUUUUGUUCUAAAUAGCUUACUGAUCAAUUCAGACUCUGGCUGGAGAGCAAGCAUCAAGACCAAAUAAAGCAGCAGAGUUAUUGUUCCAUCUGAAGCCUUGCCCAAGGCAAAAAGUGAGGGGAUUCAGGCUUCGGGGGUUUCUGGGGGGACAUUGUUGCUGCAUGAGCUGUAGGCUGGUGUAGCAAAGGCGCCCUAAUUUGGUCCCUCUCUGGGAGCUAAACAAGUGUAAUUUGCAGAUAAUUUUAUGUUUAUUAAUGAGCUGUCAGUAUGGCUAUACACAGUGACCUUCCUGGUUCUUGAUAUUGUGUCAUGAUACACAUAGUUUUAAGCAUUAUAUUGGAAAAGGGAGAACAGAUCUGUAUACAUGUAGUCAUGCGGCUUUAUAUAUCUGAUUUAGCCUGGGGAUAAAUCUGGCACCAGAUAAACUUUUUGAAAGGUAAGUAGUGAGUUUUAUUGGUACUGCUCAAGUAAAGUCUCUGUCUCUCUCUCUCUCUGUCUCUCUCUCUCCCUCCAGAUACCACCAAAGAGUAUUGUACAUUGAUAUUGAUAUCCAUCACGGUGAUGGCGUUGAAGAAGCAUUUUACACAACUGAUCGUGUAAUGACAGUAUCAUUCCAUAAAUACGGUGAAUAUUUCCCUGGCACAGGCGAUUUGAGAGUAAGUUCAGAUAUGAGGUUACCAUUUGAUUAAAGUAGCAUCUUGCAAAUGCUAUAUUUAAGGCUGGUUAUCAAGUUAAGAAUUUUAAUUUAAUUAGUUUUUAUCCUUCCUUCUGAUGAAGGACACUUUGAAUUGAUCAGGGUGAAAAAGGCUAACUCUUAACUUGAUGAGUCCGAUUCUAUAUAUGGUGUAUUUUUUCAUCUUAAUUACAGUAUUGUUUCCUACACUCAUUGGGCUAUUAUGUAAACAAUGUGUGUUGCCCCUGAGUGGCAUAGUACUGCAACAUUGGAAUGAAUGGCAGUUUUGGUAACUAGGGUUACUUUUUUCUUGUCAUUUUAUAUCUGACAUCCAUUUUGCUAAUCUAAAAACUGUAUCUUCAAGAGUAGAUCUAAGUUUCUUCCUUCCUCUCCCAUCCCUUUUUCCUUUUUGUGCUCUUUAGAUUGUAAGCCUGCGUCAUUUUAUUUUGAUCUAUAAACCAUUCUGGGAGUGGGCAAAAAUACUUUCAGGCAUAUCAAUGAUGAGUAAGAUAGGUAUACAAAACGUCAAAAUAGCUGAAAAAAACUGCCCAGCUUGCUAAUAGUUACUAAAAUGCCAUUUAAAAAUCACCAGUAAUCAUAGUUGAAGCUUAUGUUACUAUAGUACAGAUGCUUGCAUUUGCAUGAUCACACGAAGUUGUUCAUUAAAAAUUCCUAUGCAUAAUAUAAUCCAUGGUACCCAUUUCUGUUGUUGCUAGCUGUGGUAUUUGUUCCUUUUUUCAACAGAAAUUAAAUGUGCUAGCUUGGAGACAGCUUUUAUAUCUCAACCUGAUUGGCCACAAGAUGGUACUGUUGCUUCAUGCUAAAUGCAGGCCUCUAAAGAGCAGAAGCACUGACCUUAAACUAGGCUUCUCACCUGUCAAAUACAUGAAAGUUUAAUUUCUUAUUAAACCUAAUCUUCUGAUAUCCUUAAUAAUCUGUCCAGAAAGCAAAUUCAGUUAAUUUUGACAUUAACACCUCAGCUAAACAGGAAUAUAUUUGUUUGAUUCCCAUAUUUUCUGAGACUUUUUUUAUUUUGCUUACUUGGAGCAUGGUGGGUAUGCUGUCUAUCUUUCAAUAUAUAAUAUAAUAACUAUAAAAAUGUACUGUAUACAGUAUAGUAAACUUAAGUUUCUUACGUGCCUUUUGUGUAUGUUACAAUGUAUGCUAAGAGCACUGCGUGUUAAUUCAGCUGUAUCUAGAUAAAACCAUUGUAUGAGAUUCUCUUAAUAGCAUUUUGUUUGUUUAUUUAUUAAAUUUGCAUACUGCCCUUCAUCCAAAGAUCUCAGGGUGGUUCACAACAUUAAAAUACAAUAUAAAAACACAAAAUACAUAAUAAAACAAGAACAAAAAGCAGCAACCACAAACAAAUAAUAAACACAUUUAAAAGGGGUAUAUAAGAUGUUCAUCAGGCAAAGGCCUGGUUGAAGAGGAGCAUUUUCACCUGUCACCUAAAGGUGUAUAAUGAUAUUGCCAGCCAGGGAGAGCAUUCCUCAAAUGGGGAGCCACUGCAGUAAAGGCCUUCUUUGUGUUGCCAGCCUCAUGGCAAGAAGGCACACAAAGAAGGUCCUCAGGUGAUGAUCUCAGGGUCCAGGUAGGUUCAUAUGAAAAAAGGCAGUCCUUUGCCUUUUGUGAAAUAGUAAGGAAGGACACAUGGUGAUAAAAAGUGACUCCAUAACAAGUUAGAGCUCCUCACUUUAAGAUUUGACUCUCCUGGAAAGAGGUUGUUUCUAUAAGAGACAUUUUCAUUGUAUCGCUUUAAAAAUCUGCUUCUGUUUAGAUAUAUAAAGCUUGUACUGAAGGAACUGCUGCAGUACCUCAAAAAACAAAGAAGACUGUUGCCCUGUACUAGCACAAUACUUGUAGCCAAACUGUAUAAAACUUCAUGCACUUGAAGUGGACCAUUAAAGCUUCUGUCACAAAAUAAUCAUUUAUCCUUAAAGUACAAUACUUGUGGUUCGCCCUCUAGAACAACAUUGUAACUUCCUGUUAGUAAAUAUGAAGAAUAUAUUCAAACUGGAAACAAAAUGUCUUUUUAGCUACUGAUGUACUAAACAGACGUCAAAGGUCUUGUAUUCCGUUUGUAAAUCAUGAAUGUUGAAGCAGGUGCAAAAAAGGAAUAAACUCCAUGUGUUUCACUUAGUGAAUUGUGGCACAUUUCUCGUAGAUAUAAUAACAUGUGAUUUUACGGAUCUGACACAGCAGACCCAUGACAUUACUCCCCAUCCCCAGGUAACUGGUUGUCUUUUAAAGCCUACCCAUAUGUUUCUGUUUUAUGCCAUCCCCACUCUUGGUGAUACCCUAUUUAAAUCCCUGCAAUGAUUCUAAAACCAUACUUUGGUGAAUUUCAAUAAAGUAAUAAAAUCCAAAUUAUACUUUUGGGUCUGAUUCUUCUGUAUUUUCACAUGUCAUCCUUUUGUUCUUUUGGAUAUACUUCCUUGUGCACUGAUUUCUUCUACUGCACUGAUCAAAUGUUUUAUCUGAAGAUUUAAUGCUUUAUCUGAAGAUUAAACUUGAAGUAUUGUUUGCUUCCCUGGGCUGCUUUGGGAGAAAGGGUGAGAAAAUUUAAUAAUAAAUAUCUGGCACACUUCUUAUAUAUGCAGUUUUGGUAUUCAUUACAUACUCAGAAUUUUUCAAAUGUCUAGGUAGCAUCUAAACUACUUUCAAACACUCUUGGCCACAAAUGGUCCAGUGGUAAACAAAAUGUGUUUUGCCUUUUGAUAUGAGUUUGUGAUUUUUGUUUUUGUCUUGUUCAUGUUCUCUUAUAGGACAUAGGUGCUGGAAAAGGCAAAUACUAUGCUGUCAACUUUCCAAUGAGAGAUGGAAUAGAUGAUGAGUCAUACGGUCAGAUAUUUAAGCCAGUGAGUAUAUUCUAGAUACAUUUUUUAGAGAUGCUUCUGUGUGGCUGAAUAAUAGAUUUACCAUGAUUUCUGCUUCUUUACAGAUUAUUUCCAAAGUCAUGGAGAUGUACCAACCUAGUGCUGUGGUGUUGCAGUGUGGGGCAGAUUCACUGUCUGGUGACAGGCUGGGAUGUUUUAAUCUUACCGUCAAAGGUCAGAGAGCAAAACAUUACUGUAGAGUCACAGUUACAUAUGUUUUGAAAGCAAGUACUGAAUGCAGAUUUAGUGGAAUUUUUUUUUUUAGUAUCAGUAUUCUUGCAGCCAUCUUUCUGGGCAGCCAUCUCUAAUGCUGGGAUCCCCCCCCCCCCCCCGGCCACACACAAACACACUGGUGUCUGUCAAGUAUGCACCCUUUUGACCAUAGUACAUCUAAAGGAAGAUGUGAAAAAGAUGUUCCAUGUCAAUGUCUUUAUUUGCAGUGUUUCAGUUUUGUGUGAUUUUAGGAAAUAAGUUCAGGUCUUAGUAGGCAGACAUCACAUGUAGAAAUUCAGUGAUGUUUAUGUGAAUAAGCUAUUAAAUAUGGCAUAAUGUGUGAGAUGCAAUAUGGCCAAUAUUUUACUAUAAUUAGAUCAGUAAUGUAUUAAAUGCAUUCAAUUUAUGAAUAGAUUGCAAGAAUUAUUAAACUGAGUGUGCAUCUGUUUGCCUUUAUGACUCUUGCAAAAAAUAAUAAUUCUUGUGUAACUCAAUGCCAUAAAUGCAAAACAGAAGACCAGAUUCCAGAAUUGAUAGGAUACCUUAUCCUAUUCUGUUUUUUUAGUUCUUGCAUCUUUCAAUUGUGUUUAAGUUUGUUUUUCUAGAGCUGAUGUUUCUGUAUACAGAUCUUAAUUGUGUAACUUGAAAUGAAUAUAACUGUAUGUCUUUAUGGUUUGUUUGUUUUUCAAGGACAUGCUAAAUGUGUAGAAGUUGUGAAGACUUUCAACUUGCCUCUUCUGAUGCUUGGAGGAGGUGGAUAUACCAUACGGAACGUUGCUCGAUGUUGGACCUAUGAGACUGCUGUUGCCUUAGAUUGUGAAAUCCCUAAUGGUAAAUAUUUGGAGCCAGGGCUUCCCAAGCUGUGGUCCAUGAGCUUCAUUCAAGUGGUCUAGAGCAUGUCUGCAAAAAUGCAUGAAAAGUCAUACAUUACGUAGUGCAGUGUAUUACAAUUGCUACAACAGGCAGAAAAAUCAUUAAGUGAUCCACAAAGUCCCUCAUGAAGUGGUUCAUUGGGAGAAUGGGAUUAGGAGCCACUGUUCUAAGGAGUAUCACAGGUGACACCAGGGUUUAAGUUCUCUCCAUAUGAAGAAUAACAUGUAACUUAAACUUUAGCUUGCCUUAGUCAUCAGAUCCCCCAUUUCAGUGGCCAGGGAGAUUGCCAACUGUCUGUAUUCUGUAACUGCAAAUUGCAGUACAGUAUUGCAGUACAGUGUAUCUUGCCAUAGAGCCUAUGCCAACCUGCUACAGAGGAUUGGAGACUGACAGAGAAGACUUACAGCAUAACCAUUCUUUGAUCUACAGGGGAUUUUGCUAAUGGUUGAAUCAUUAAGAAGCGGGAUAUCUGUCUUGACUCAUGUGGUUUCUGGCUCAUUAACCAGACUCUUGGUAGCUUCAAAUGGCUUACCUAGAUGGGUGAACACAGAUGUUUUAGAAAGCAUUAAUGAGAUGCAUAGAAAUCUGCAUGGACCUUUUAUAGAUUGUAUAAAUGAGUAAGUGUAUUUGGUGUGUUUAUUUAAACACAGUGUGUUAUUUUCAACGUAGUAUAUUUUAUUUUAAACUAUUGUUUAAAUAAGCUGUGAUUUAAAAUGCACAAGAGCUUUGCUCCUCUCCUGAUUGUGCUGUGCAAGGGAAGAAGCAAGUCAGAGUCUGGAUUGUAGUGACAUGUGAACCCUGGGCUCAAGUUGGUUUCUCUUCAAACAAACCACAACCAGAAAGUGAAGAUUGAUUUAUGGCUUACUCAUUGUUGUCUACUUUGAGGAAGCAAAGCCUGGUUUCAUGACAACCUAAAGUUGAGCUUGUUUCCUCUAUUUCAUUCAAACCAUACAAUCAUUUAAACUUUACAUUCAUAAACACCAGAUUUUCUACAUCUUCAACAUAAUUCGUGGUGUGUGAAAUAUGCCAGUAAGUUGUUGUUGUUGUUACUAAUUACCCACCUUAUCACCUUAAGAUCCCACAUGGGUUCCAAAAACCAGCACACAUUAUUUAAAACAGUUUGAAGCAACCACAGAAACAAAUGAGGCUUCAUUUUUAUACCACGGUGGAGCAUCUAGAUUUCUGCUAUAGAAGAUAACUGUAGCACAUUUAAUCUUGAAAAAAUAUUCUUUCUUCCUUAGAAUGCAGAUACUUCCUCAUGUAUUUAUUCUGGAUCAGAAAAUAAUUUUGAAUGUCUAUUAAAUAUUUGAGAGCUGUCAUAUGCUGCAUUGCAUUCCUUUGAAUUUGUUCUUUUUUCAGCAUUUAGUAGAAAAAAACAAAAGCUAUGCUUUCAAACAUAAAAAAAUGCAUACUAUCAUAUCUGACCACUAUAAUCUGAAGAGCAAUAAGGCUGUUUUAAUAAGCUAUUAUUAAUUCAUUUUGUUUUAACAGAAUUGCCAUACAAUGACUACUUUGAGUAUUUUGGACCAGAUUUCAAGCUGCAUAUUAGCCCUUCAAAUAUGACAAACCAGAACACCCCAGAAUAUAUGGAGAAGAUUAAGUGAGUAUUAAUGCCAUAAAGACACAUAAAUACUAUAACGAUCUAAAUAUUUGCAAUGGGUAAGGAUCCAUUUUCUUUUUUAUGCUCAAUAUGAAGCAGGGAAAGGGAGGGGUUAAAAGGUCCUGGGCUCUUGAGAUAGCAGAAUUACUGCUUUAAAAGCCAGCAGGUGAAACUAGAAAGUCAAAGACUGUAUUCAGUUAGUGUCCUCUGUUGAAGAAAGGCUCUCUGAUCAGUGAAUGCUUCUGUCAAUGGAAGGGGCAGAAACACUUUUUCACCAGUUCUCCCUCCUCCCUGUGGCUUCCUGUGCCACCUCCCAUGUCGUUCUAAAAGCUAGAGCAACCUUCUGGAAUGGAUUUCUGGGGCAGGGAAAAAGCAGAAAAAGCAUCAAACCUCAUUCUUCUGCUGGAAGCCUUUGCUUGAUCAAAUUAUCUUCUGUUGCUGGAGGGACAUGGUUGGAUAAACUCAAAGCUGUCUUUUAAUGUUUCAGGGUUGUAUCCAACUAAGUCGUACUCAGAUUAGACCCAUUAAUAUUAAUAGACUUAAGUUUGAUUUCAUUAGAUCUACUCUGAGCAUGGCAUAGAUGGCUACAGCUUUCAGUGCUUAAUGGUUGGAAAAGAAAAACCUUUUUAUCUUUCAAAAUUUGGUGCACAUUGUUAAAAUCAUUUUUUAUUUUUGCAAAAGAGCUAUUAAGUCUCAGUAAGCUCUUUUGUCAGCAGAAAUGCACAAAGCAUGAUCAAAGUAUCACUAUAUAUUGCUUAAUUUCAUUAUGUUGAAUGCCAGUCAUAUGUUCUGAGAGUUUGUAUUUUUUAAAUGUGUUCACCUCUAACCAUAGAUGUUCUGUCUGACACAUGUAUUUCCUUUGGAUACCAUGGCUUGCCUUUUUCAAAUUGCCCCUAGUCCUCUUGCUAUGUAACUUGCUUUUCACCUUAUUUUCCUACCAUUACUAGGCAGCUGGGUAUUUUUGUGAGGACGAGAACUAAGAAACUCCCAAGCUAUUAAGAAGAAAGUUGUCUCAUAACAACUUUUCCCUGGAUUACUUGCCUUGCAGACAGCGUUUGUUUGAGAACUUGCGCAUGUUGCCCCAUGCCCCAGGUGUACAGAUGCAGGCUAUUCCUGAAGAUGCUGUUCAUGAAGACAGUGGUGAUGAAGAUGGUGAAGAUCCAGACAAACGUAUUUCUAGUAAGAAUGGGCUAACAUUAAUACUGGGUGGAUUGUUGAAGAAGUAGUACUAAAGAAGGUGGAACAGAAGUGCCCCAAUAAGUCAGAUGGACAUCUAAAGUGACCAUCCAGAAACAAAUUUGCUUUAGUGCUUUGUGAAGAAGUCAGGAGUUACAUAUCAGAACAUGAAGGCAGAAAGCCUGGGAAAUAAACACAACUGGCAACCAAGGGGAAGCUGCUUAAUUUUUAAAGCCAAUCUUGAAAUUAUAUGAACUUAUACAAUUUGCUGUGCCAUUUUUGGCAUAGUUCUUAGAUUUUACACCAAGCUUUUUAAAUUAGUUCCUAGCAGAGGUUUCUGCUAGCAUAAGACAGAGAAUAUGAUUUUUGCCUAUUUCCCCUAUAGUCCCCAGUCCUACUAAAAAUGAUUCUGGACCAUUGGGGGCUCUUUAGAGCAGAUUUGGAAGUGGGCACUGGUGGCUGCAGGGUGGAGGGGGAAUUGGCAAAAACUGCCUCCCCUUCUCCUUCAUCAAAUGUUUGCCUUGUGCCUGUUUAAAGGCAAAAAUUAGAUACACAGGCCUUACAUAUUGGACCAGUUCAAUAAAAUCACGAGGCAUGUGUCAGGGAAGAGUUAGAAGUUUCCAGUUUCUCAGAGGGAGAAAGCAUUCCCCAAGUGGGGAGGGAGAGCAGUGAAUCUAAUAGAAGGGAGCAAGAGGAACAACAGGGAGGGACCGGCUGUUCACAGGAAAGGCAAGGGUUCACUUCUAGCUCAGAUUCGGAGGAGGGGAGAUACAGGCCAGCUCUAGCCAGGAGGUUAGAAAAAAGAGUGGGAAAACGAAGGGAAAGGCGCCUUCGCCAUUUUGAGGGUGGCUGGUCACGGAGAAGCAGAGCUCAGAAGGUAUCUGAAAUAAGUGACUCUGAGGAAUAAUAGUUAAGAACCGUUUAUAAGAAUGUUUUGUUAAUACGCAAUAAAAAGUUUUAUAAAAGAACAAGAAGCAUUUGUGUGGUGAUCUGAAGAGGACAACGACCAGUCCUGACAGCAUGUCUGAGCAUUUGAAUUGGCCUAGACAUUCUGGUUUUUACUUAGUUUCCAGGAAGGGAAUAACUGAGUCAGGUAGACGCUGCAGGUGCUAUUUUGCAAUAGUAACAUCUACUUUGGACUUUAUAACCUGUUUGCCUGUGAAUGAGGACUGAUGCUGCUUAUAUGUUGAAAUUUCAUGUCGGUAAUACAUGCUAUUUCUACUGCAUCUUUUGGCUAAUAAGCGGCAAAUUUUGCCUCAGGCCUAAAUAAGAGCUAGAGUACACAUUGCACUUAUCACCAAUACGCUGUUGAAAUUGCAACCCCAUUAUGAGUUCAUUCCCCACCCACUCACUGUAUUGAGGAAUGUCUUUCUAAACACAACAUUGCUGUCAUAUGGAAAGUUUUCAUUAUGGUUAUGAUCAAUGCAGCAGGACUUCCUUUACUGAUACAAAUUGCAGGGAAGAGUUGUUGUCACAAAAUAACUUUUAUUUAUUUUAUGCCUUCCCAUGGUGAGAGAAAUGGAACACACAAGGUGGUGAUCUUGGAGGAAUGUGUUUUCUAAUCCUCUUCCCUUACUUCUAGUUCGUGCAUCCGAUAAGCGAAUAGCCUGUGAUGAAGAAUUUUCUGAUUCUGAAGAUGAAGGGGAAGGUGGACGCAGAAAUGUUGCAGAUCAUAAGAAAGGAGCAAAGAAAGCCCGACUAGAAGAAGACAAAAAAGAAACAGAAGAUAAAAAAACAGGUAAAAGCCUAAAUCAGUAUUUUUCUUUCUUUUACUUUCCUUGUUGGCUUUCCUAAGCAUAUCAUACUCUCCUGAAAGUAAUGGGAUUUGCUUCCAACUAAAUAUUGUUGAGAUUAGGUCAGACCUACUUAAUUUAUGAUGGUAAACUACCCAUAUUUGUUAUACAGUGGUACCUUGGUUUUCGAACUUGUUCCGGGAGUCUGAUUAGACGUUCGGCUUCUAAAAAACGUUUGCAAACCAGAACACUUACUUCCAGGUUUGUAGCAUUCGGAAGCUGAUUUGUUUAACAACUAAGCCAUUUGGAACCAAGAUAUCACUGUAUUCAUCAUUCUGCAAAAACAGUUGAGGCAUAAAGCAGCUCACGUGCCAUGGUCCAUAACUGUUGGUUUUCCUUUAGUUUGAAUCUAAGUUGUGCAUUUCUGGAUUAGGCUGUUGGUUGGAAUGUUUAUCUUUCUGAGAAUAUCUCUACUUUAACCCUUUUUAAAUAUUCAUUCUUUGCUUAAAACCUUUCACCUUCCAGGUGUUGCUAAACUACAACUCCCAUCAGCCUCAGCCAGCAUGGCCAGUAGUUGUAGUUCAGCAGCAUGUGGUGGGGCAAAAGAUUCCACACACCUGUUUUGAAAGAAGAAAUCAGCACUGGCAAAGGUGCAGCUUCAUUCAAAUUCUUCUAUCAGUGUUCAUUUUCAUUGUAAUUUGUUAACAGCUAAGUCAACAGUUGUCAUUUGAAAUUUAUUUAUAUAAACCUGCCGCUUUUAAUUAUUUUUAGACAUUAAAGAGGAAGAUAAAUCCAAGGAUAGCAGUGGUGAGAAAGCAGAUACCAAAGGGUAAGUAAAUUGUGGCCAUCCUAUAAUGUGCAUGUUUCAGAACAGCCAUUAACUUUGAAAUGUUACUUAUGCAUCUGUUAUCCAUUAUGGAUGACAAUAAAUUAGUGCCAGUAGCUAUUAAAGAAUUUAUAAUAUGAGCAAUGCAACCCUUACUGUUUUUAAAUGAGCAGAGAAUGGCAUUAAAUUGUGACCCAUGUUAACAGUUGACUUUUUCCCUCCUCUGAACAGCACAAAGUCAGAACAGCUCAACAAUCCUUGAAUGUAGAGACUCACAUCAAUUAAAGGACACAAUACAAAAGUGGGGGGGAAAGUUAAAAGGAACUUUUCAUCUGAGAAGAGACUCUUGAUUUUCAUUUUGUACUAUUUGGCAUGGAGCGUAUUUAUUUUCAAACAACUGUGUUUUUGUUUUUGGCAAGUUGUAUUGUGAGUUUUCUAAUUAUGAUGCAAAAUUUUGUUCCUUCCGCCAGGCUUUAAGUAAUAGUAUUCAAAAUGGAUGUGCUAUUAUGUUAGACGUCUAAAUGAUCUAUUAAAAUUUGCCUUUUCCUGAACUGAUUUUACCCCUUUUUGUAAUUAUAUCUUUAUUAAAAAAAAUGUACUC